AUGACGCAGGAGAGUACUCCCUCUACGAUGAAGACAGAUGUCUGGGAUCUGGGCAUUGUCUUGCUUCAGAUGGGCUUUGGAAAGGAUGUUUUACUGCGAUAUACUUCAGCUAAUCAGUUGAUGGUGUCGAUGAGACUUUCGCCGCCGCUUCAAGAAUUACUUCGUGAAUUCUUUCGCCCAGAUCCAAAGAAACGCCCGACAGCCUUCCAGCUCCAACCAUCCGAAUUCUUUCGCGUGGACGCCCCCUUGACAAUGCGUGACCGGUCCUCGAAUUCGGUCUCUUUACAAAGACGGCCCCGCCUUGAUUCUUUCGGGGCAAUGCCGGCUUUCUCGCGAUAUCACCAAGACUUUGACGAGGCGGGUCGCCUGGGCCGUGGCGGUUUCGGGCAGGUCGUGAAAGCUAGGAACAAGCUCGAUGGUCGUUUCUAUGCCGUCAAGAAGAUCUCGCAAACUUCCGCUGCCGCGCUGAAUGACACGCUCUCGGAAAUCAUGCUGCUAUCGCGAUUGAACCACCCUUAUGUCGUCCGGUAUUAUACCGCUUGGCUUGAAGAGGAGCUCGACAAUGACUUGAAUCAAAUCGAGGAGGAGGCUAUCUCAUCCACUGAAGGUGACCCAUUUGCCGGUCAUGACCACGGAUUCAGCACCGGUGGCCUUGAUUUCAUCAGCUCCAGCGGAUACCCGAAAAUCGAAUUUGCUGCCUCUGACAGUGACGACGAGAACGAAGGAACGAUAUCAGACCAGGGCCAUGGAACCGCGUCCGACACGCACGAAACGGGUAGCGUAGAAGACGCCGAGUUCAGUCGAGCGAGAUCCGGGUCGUAUGGCCGGCCUGUCUUGACUACACUCUACAUUCAGAUGGAGUAUUGUGAGAAACAUACGUUGCGUGACUUGAUCAAAAAUGGCCUUUACGACGACAUUGAUCGUUCCUGGCGCUUGUUCCGUCAGAUUCUGGAUGGCCUGAGCCACAUUCACAGCCAUGGCAUCAUACACCGCGACUUAAAGCCAGACAACAUUUUCAUUGACGUUGCGAACAACCCUCGCAUCGGUGACUUUGGUCUUGCUACCAGCGGACAGUUCACGACAGCCGUGCGUUCAUCCGCAGCGGCUGACUUUGAAGAGAACUUUACUCGCAGUCUUGGAACGACAUAUUAUGUCGCUCCGGAGAUGAAGUCUGGAAUCUCGGGACAAUAUAAUGACAAGGUCGAUAUGUACUCCCUCGGCGUCAUAUUCUUCGAAAUGUGCCAUCCAUUGCCGACAAGCAUGGAGCGCGAUCAAACCCUUCGAGCGAUUAGAGAAAAGAACCAUUUUCUCCCACCUACUUUUCACCAGUCCGACAAAGUCGUCCAAGGUCAGAUUAUCGAGUCGCUGUUGAGCCAUACCCCAAGCGAGCGCCCUUCAUCCUCCGAGCUUCUAUCCAGUGGGAGAAUUCCUCUUCAGGUUGAAGAAGAGACCUUCAGACGGGCAAUCGUGCAUUUGCUAUCAGACCCAAACUCUCCCGACUAUAAGAAAAUUCUGUCUGCCAUCUUUUCUCAAUCCCCUCAGAAAUUCGAAGAUAUUGCCUGGGAUAUGGACUCACACGAGUCUCCUGCGGCAAGCGAGUUGCUCAUUCAGGGAUUGGUAAACAACAAGUUAACCUCAAUCUUCCGGAGACACGGCGCUGUGGAAUCAGCAAGGCAAAUGCUCUUCCCACGCUCCCAGCAUUAUCCUGCCGGAGCUGUGCGCCUACUUGAUGUGUCUGGUAAUCUUCUUCAGUUACCAUUUGACCUUACGGUCCCGAAUGCGCGCGCAAUUCCUCGCCAAGACCCCUCGCUAGAGAAAACGUUUGCCUUUGGCACGGUUUAUCGAGAGUCCACCCACGGCAGUGAACCUCGGACUCACCGUGAAGUGGAUUUUGAUGUGGUGUCUUACAACACUCUGGAUCUAGCACUGAAGGAGGCAGAAGUGAUCAAGGUCCUGGACGAGAUCAUUGAAGAAUUCCCACCCCUGCGCUCUACUCCAAUGUGUUUCCUUGUUAAUCACUCUGAUCUACUUCAACUUAUCAUGGAGUUCUGUCGCAUUACUCCUUCACAGAUCCCGUUGGUGAAGGAUGUCAUCAGCAAGCUGAAUGUAGGGAAAUGGACGAUGCAGAAGAUCGGAAGUGAGUUGCGUUCCCCGGCCAUUGGGGUUGCCUCGACUUCAUUAGACGACCUAGCUCGGUUCGAUUUCAGAGACUCUUUGAAAGGGACACAGCGCAAGUUGCAGAUUAUCAUGGAAGGGACUGAAUACGCGGAGCGCAUUGCCCCUAUAUUUGCGCGCCUGAACGUGCUCAUGACCUAUCUCCAAAGCUUUGGCGUGAAACGCAAGGUCUAUGUCAAUCCGCUCAGUAGCCUUCAUGACAGGUUCUACCGAGGCAGCGUGCUGUUUCAAUGUAUCUUUGACAGCAAGCGGCGAGAUGUGUUUGCGGCCGGGGGUCGAUAUGACCGAUUGCUCCACGACUUCGCGCCUAAGGUCUUGUCCAGUCGACCCCUGGGACAUGCGGUUGGGUUUAAUCUGAGUUCGGACCGACUUGGCUCCGCCAUGGUCGACUACUUAAAGGCCAAGGCUGCAUCGAGAGACUUUGAAACGAGCACCGAGCUCUACUGGACCACCCGCAGGUGCGAUGUCCUCGUCGCUAGCUUUGAUGCAACAGUUCUCCGCACCACUGGUGUCAAGCUUAUCGAAGAUCUCUGGGCGAACGACAUCAGUGCCGAACUCGCAGUGGAUGCAUCGUCACUUGAGGAGCUCCUGUCCAAAUACCGAGAACACAACCAUCGCUGGAUUGUCAUCGCAAAGCAAGACAGCAAAGAGCGUGGGUUCAAAGUGCGGAAUCUCGUUCGCAAAGAGGAACUCGACCUUCGCAGUUCGGAGCUUGUCUCUUGGCUUCGAACGGAAGUGCAUGCGCGCCAUCACCGCGAGGGGACGGCUGAUCCGCGCCAGUCUCGUCUGCCGGGCCAACAAGAUACAUUCAUGUCUCAGGACAGGGCGAAUGAUGUGCGCAUUCUGAUUCCGCACCACCGAAGCAAGAAGACCAACCGUAGGAACAUUGUGGAGUCAGCUCUUGUCCGUUCCAGAGAAGUCGCCGAGGAUGCCCGCAACGGCCCCGUCGCAGCCAUCGACACCCGCGACGAUGUCCUCGACUCUAUCCGAGACACGCGGCUGUCUGAUCCAGACAGCUGGCGCACUGUCAUUCAGAACGCGCCGCUUACGGAACGCAAAUACCUCAACCAGGUGUACGAGCUGCUCAGCGAUCUGGCUAUCGAAAGCCGCACCGGCGAGACCUCGGAGUCUUAUACCAAUGCGUUCAUCUAUAACUACCGCACGGGCUCUUGCGUGUAUUAUGACCUCGGACGCAGCGACCGAUGA